GAUUAUCUACUAUCUAGAUCCAUCUGUUCUGUCCGGCGUUUCCUGUUUUGUUAUGUUUUUGUGCUUGGCUGACUACCUUGUUCCCAUUCUAGCGCCUAGAAUUUUUGGCUCCAAUAAAUGAAUUUCUGCUGUGGAAAGAGGCAAAGCCGAUCAACAGACAGAGAUCCUUGACACGACUUUGGACUUGCACUAGAAUUACAACCCAGCUUUCCUGAUUCUACAGUCUGAAGAUGGUAGAUUGUGGGACUUCUCAGACUCCAUAAUGAGAAAGGAACAGUGUUUCUUCGAAAAGGAUAGCAACACAGAAAUAAUGGUUAUCAUUCAUUGAACACCGCUUACAUGGCAGGUGGGUACAUUCUAUGCAAUGCAACAAUCCUGAAAAGUCAUUUUAAAAUAUCGUUAUGUUCCAGCUGAGUAAACUGAAUGAAGCUCAUUGAGACUGAAGAACUUGUUAAAAUCCCACAGUUACUAGGAGGCUGAAUCAAGAUUCAAACACACCCAAGUUUGUCUGAUGCCAACAUCUGUGCCUUUUCUGUGAUUCGGUAUCUCCCUUAGACCGUAAGGAGUUGGCCCUUGUUGAGAAACUCCUAUGGCCUCACUUGUUAGUGGAACAAAUAGCAUUGGCUUUGCCUCUUAGCAAGGAACAAACACCCUUCCACUUGGUUCAGAUUUCUUAACUCCUGUGAUCUGUUUUGGUCUUCUCAUUAACCCUCUGGGGGUGGGGGGAGUGAGUGAUAAUUAUCAUUCGCAUUAGGUAGGAAAAUGGAUAGUGUCUCACAUGGCUUGCAGUGGGCGGGUAUGAGCAUCAAAUCUAGGCAGCCUGACCAACCACGUCCCCUCCCUUAGCCUUUACAUGAUGUGCUCUUCAUCAGCUGUCUAGCCCUUCCCAAUUGACAAAGAUUCUUUGUUCAUAUUCGUGAUCUCAUUUGGUGUGGGGACAUGGAGACUGAUUUGCUGAAUUUUUUUAAAAGAUGGAAACACUAUGGAAGAUCGUCUAAACUAAUUCAAAUGAUUUCCCUUGUCUUGACCCAAGGGGGAUGUGUGAAUUUCUCAAAAUUGUCCAUAUGACAUCAUGCUCAUUAGGAUAGUCACCAUCAAAAGAAAAGAAAAUAACAAGUGUUGGUGAGGAGGCCAAGAAAUUAGAAUCUUCGUGUACUAUAAAUGGGACUGUAAAAUGGCAUAGGCAUUAAGGAAAAUUGUAUGGAAUUUUCUCAAAAAAAUAAAAAUGGAAUUACAAUAUUAUCUCACAACCCCACUUUUGGAUAUACAUGCAAAAAAAAAAAAAAGAAGCAGGAUAUCAAAGAAAUCUUAGCACUCUAAUGUACAUUACCCAACUAUUUGUAAUAGCCAAGAUGUGAGGUCAAAUGUCCCUGAUGGAUGAAUGGAUGCAGAAAAUGUGGUCUAUACAUGCGAUGAAUAUCAUUCAGCCUUAAAAAAGAAGGAAAUCUUGCUAUAUGCUGCAAGUUGGGUGAAACUCAAGGACACUCCACUAAGUGAAAUAAGUCAGUCACAAAAGGACAAAUGCUCUAUGAUUCUGAUCAUAAGAAGUAUCUCAAGUAGUCAAAAUCAUAGGAAGUAGAAAGAUGGUUGGUAAGGGCUGGGGGAAAGGAGAGGGGAGGGGGAAUUAGUGUUUAAUGGGUAUAGAGUUUCUGUUUUGUAAGAUGCAAGUUUGUGGUGUUCUUGUUUGUUUGUUUGUUUUUUGAGACACAGUCUCGCUCUGUAGCCCAGGCUGGAAUGCAGUGGCACAAUCUCGCCUCAUUGCAACCUCCACCUCCCAGGUUCAAGGGAUUUUCCUGCCUCAGCCUACCGAGUAGCUGGGAUUACAAAUGUAUGCCCCCAGGCACAACUAGUUUUUGUGAUUUUAGUAGAGAUGAGGUUUUGCCAUGUUGGCCAGACUGGUCUUGAACUCCUGACCUCAAGUGAUCCGCCUGCCUCCCAAAGUGCUGGGGUUACAGGUAUGAGCCACUGCGCCUGGCCAGAUGAAAAAGUUUUAUAGAUCUUUUGCAUGACAAAGCAACUAUACUUAACACUACGGAAAUGUACAUUAAAAAAUGGUGUGAAGAUGGUAAAUUUAAUGUUAUUUGUUUUUUACUACAAAGAAUUUUUGAAAAAAUGAAUGCUGCCUGCUUUUUUUUUUUUUUUUUGGUCCAGGGCUAUGCUUCUCUCUCAGGUUGUAUGUUAUUUUCUUUGCCAUAGCAACUUUGAGAAGUAAAUGGGUGCUUUUGCUACACCUCAGGGGGAAUCAGGUAAGUGAGGUAAACCUACCAGAGAGCCCAUCUCUUCCAAGGUGCAUUCAUUCAUCUCCCUUAGAAUGGAGAUGGAGCUAUGAAGUAACCAGGGGUGGCAUUAUCAGUCCCACAUGGGGAAACCAAGACUCAGCAUGACCACUGGAGUGUUCAGGGUCACCUGAGAGUAUUGGUGAUGGAGGGUAGGGUGAGACAAGAUCCCAGGAAUUCUGAUGCUGGGUCCAGAGUUAGUGAAGUAGGAGGAGUGGCACAUUUUUAAGACUUGGAACUGAAGAAAGUGGUGAGAAACUUGGAUGCUUUUCUUAUUUUUAUUAUUCUAUGUAAAGAACUUUCUACAGCACUAAAGUGAAUAGUUCCGUUGAGUUGUCCAGCCCUGACCCUUGAUCUCAAUGCCCAUCAGCGGCCUCAGACUUGGGCUUUCUUGUAGGCUGCUAGACCACCAGAUGUGUGUGACAGGCACAUCCUCCAAGGGAGAGGGAACAGCUCCAGCAAAGGCCCUGGAGUCUGGAUCAAACUGCCCAGAAGUUGAGGGCCAUUGCAUUCACAUUUUAGUGUGAAUAAUCAGAUGGCUUUCUUCCUGGUGUCCAGAUAAGAAUUUUGACUAAGAGGAGAGUGGAGGCGAUUAGGGACAGUGCAGAGCACCCUGGAGAUGUCAUCAUAGAGCCCUACUUACAAUGGGGAGGGAGGUCAAAGGUAAAAACCAUUUACUUUGAAACGUGGUGUAAGGUGGCCUUCAUGUUUUAAAAAGGAGGAAGGGCUCUCCCUUCCCUGAUUUCUCUCGUCUGCCUCAGGACUCAGACUAGCCCUUUUAGCAGAGGGAAGCCUAUAGAGAGGAGGUCAUAUACUAGUUGAUUUUUGACUAAGGGCAUCUCAAAGAUGUACUAUUUUUUGCUCCCUGCACUAUUUUUUUUUAAUGGAACCAACGUUUAAAAAUAGGAUUUCUGCCUUCUCUUAAAACAUCAGAUGAUCUGGUAACGCUGAGCUCCCGUUCUCACAUGGGAACAACUGGCUGGAGCUGAGUGGCAGCCAUCUCUUUAGAAAGACGUUAAUUUGAAGUUUGCUAUAGUCCCCAUCAUUCCUUAUAUUUCCCCCAACACUGAGACCCAAGUCACUUGAAAGUCAAUAUGAUAAUUCAAACACCAGGAUUCUUCACUCAUUUGUGGGUUUGUGACCUGUGAUAUUGUGGAUUCGUGACCUUUGGUUUAGAGGUCAAGUAUAGGGGUUGUGAAUAAAACUUGUGUUUGAAUCAGAUAAGAACUGUACCAAUCUCAAAGACGGUGAAUUAAAGAUUAAAGAAAAUAUUGCAUGCUUGGCAUAAUGUGUGGAACACAACAGCUAUUGUAAACACCCAGUAGGAAUGUAAGCUGCAAGAGGGCAGGUAGAAACCGUGCUAAUUUAAUCCACUGGGGAUAUGACAUUUGAUUCUAAUUUAAUAGAUUUAAUUCUUUGCAAUAUCCCCAGUAACUGUUGAAUGAAUGAGUGAGUGAAUGAAUUAAUGGAUGGAUGGAUGAUGGGAGAGCCCGGCGGAGUUUUAAAGGCUGGAAUGAAAAGGAAGGUAGUUAUGAUAACAGCGUUUCGCUGGGGCUCCAAGGUGCAGCCAGGAAGAAAAGCCCGCUGGGACGUGCCAGGGUUUGUGACUGCACUCCGCUGGCACCCAGACGGUAGGUAUCUGCAACGUCCCUUGGGAACCAGACAGGGCUGACUUGCCCAGGACCUGUCAGGGCCAUGUCCACCAGCCCUUGCACGGUCUGGUAACUGACAGCAUCCUGAUUCCUGCACGUUCCCGCCUCUGCCAUCUGAUCAACAAAGACAGAGACCCACCCCAGGGAUCCACCAUCCAAGGGGAGCCCAGCCUUUUCCUCCAAGCCGGGACCGCGCCCACACUAGACAUGGCCUCCCUCAGGCUUCACGCAGCAGGACCGCGCCCACAGCCUCCAGGCAUCGCGUCCGGCUGGAGAGGCAGCUAUCGUCCCACAGUGAACAUGGCGGCCUAGGCGGCUUCAGCGCGGGGCGGGCGGUGCCGGGAGGCGCGUCACGUGAGCGGCCCAGCUGGGCGGACCGCGCGCGCGCCCGCCCGCUGGCCCCGCCGGCCGCCGCUCGCUCGCUGGCGCCGCUGCGCUUUGAGGUGUGUUGGGAGUGGAGCACCCGGGCCGGUGAGGCGCGGAGCUGCGAGAUGCGGCGGCGGCUGUGGCGGGGCCGCGGGCCAGGCGGGCGGGCACGGUGAUGAGUGUCUGCGGCCGCCGCCAUGUCCAAGGUAACGGCGCCCGGGUCCGGGCCGCCGGCGGCGGCGAGCGGGAAGGAGAAGCGCUCCUUCAGCAAGCGGCUGUUUCCGAGCCGCCGCGCUAGCGGCGGCGGCGCGGGGGACUCCGGGGCGUCCGGGCCGGCCGCGCCCUCCUCGCCCUCUUCUGCACGCUCGGUGGGCAGCUUCAUGAGCCGCGUUCUCAAGACGCUGUCCACGCUCUCGGACUUUAGCUCUGAGAGCGCCGCCCCGGACCUCGGCGGCCUCUGCAGCUGCUUCCCGCCGGGGCCGGCCGCCGCCGUGCCCGCCGCCGCCCGCCUGUCCCGCGCCGCCAAGCCGGUGCCCGGCGUGGCGGGGCUCCGCAACCACUGCAACACGUGCUUCAUGAACGCCAUGCUGCAGUGCCUCAGCAACACCGAGCUCUUCGCGGAGUGCCUGGCGCUGGGCCAGUACCCGGCGGGGCGGCCUGAGCCCUCGCCUCACCCCGAGCAGCCUACGGGCCGCGGCGCGCAGGGCCAGGGCGAGGUCACUGAGCAGCUGGCGCACCUGGUGCGGGCCCUCUGGACCCUGGAGUACACCUCGCAGCACAGCCGCGACUUCAAGGUGAGCCCGCGCGCCGCCGCGCCCCGACUGCACCCGGAGCCCCUGGGGCACCUGCCCGCCCAGGUCUUCCUUCCCUCGGUUCCUCUUGGCCUGGCAGGCUUCUGCAUUGGUUGCUCCGAGUGGUCUGGGCAAUCGACCAGUGAUUGUAAGGAGAUUCAUUCAUUCAUUCAUUUAUUCACUCACUCACUCACUCAACAUGUAUUUAUUGAGAGCUUACUACAUACAUGCCCAUACUCUGUGAUAAUAGGCAAUGGGAGUGACGUUGCAAUGAACAAGACUGUCCGCCUUCAUGGAACUUGCAUUUUUGUGGGGUGGGAGUGUUGAGCAUGGGUUCAAAUCCUGAUUCUGCCACUUACUAGCAAUGUGACCUCGGGUAAGUUAAGCAGCCUCUCUGUGCUUACAGUUUCUUCAUCUGGGACCUACUUUAUAAGGUGGUUGUGAGCUGCAAACAAGUUGAUAUAUUAGGUCGAACACUGUGGAAUUAUCCAUAUUUCACCGUUUUUUAUUUACAGAUUGGCACUUUUAUAGGGUUCAACCUGAUAAGUAAAAUACUUCAAUAUCAUGUGUAUUUGCUGCUAUUAUUUUUGUUAUUAAAGACUUGAAGAAGUUAACGAGGUAAUAUCAGAUAGUGGUUUGAAGAAAAAAAACCUGCUGAUGUGAUUGAUGUGCUGACAGGCUACUUUUUAUUUUUAUUUUGUUUUUAGAGACAGGGUCUUGCUCUGUUGUCCAGGCUGGUCUUGAACUCUUGUCCUCAAGCCACCCUCCCCUCUUUGGCCUCCCAAAGUGCUGAGAUUACAGGGAAAAAAAUAAAAACAUUCUCUCUUUGAAGGGUAAGGAGAAAUUUUAUGAAACUUGAAAACCCGAAUGUCCCUCAGUUUGGGUUUUGUCUGAUGUUUUCCUUAUGAUUAGACUGAGGCCAUGGGUUUUUGGGAGGAAGACCAGAGGUAAAAUGUUCUUUUCAUCACAUAUCAAGUGCACAUGCUAGCAACGUGACUUACCACUGAUGAUGUCAACCUUGCCCAGCUCUCUGAAGCAGUGUUAGUUACUGUGUUAGUAACCAUAAGUUACUUUCUACUCCUCUUUCCAUUCUCCUGUCUCUGGAAGUAAGUCACUAUCCCAAACCGCACUCAAGGUGUAGGGGUGGUAAGCUUUACCUCCUGGAGGGGGGAUUAUUGAUAUAAAUUAUUUGGAAUUCCUCUGUAAGGAAGAUUUGUCUCUUCUCCCUAUUUAUUCAUUCAGUCAUUUAAUUAUAUCAAUUAAUACUUUUUUAUACUUUGGGUUAUAACCCAAUAUUGUUUAUUCUGUUGAUCAGAUUGUUCCAGCUUUGGCUGUUGGGAGUUCUUUUAGAUUGGUUCCUGUGUCCCAUUGACGACGUGUCCCCUGUCCCAAUGUCGUUGAAUCGGCCAUUUCUCCAAGGUGCCCUAGUUUUAUAUUGGAAAAUGGUAUUAGAAACCAAGAUAUGGGCACUGAUGUGCACAUUGUUACUGGGGUGUCACUACUUCUUCGCCUUUCAGUGUACAGAUAUAUGGAUGUGAACCCAAGUUUAUAUAAAUAUCUGUAAUUAUUUAUCUGUUCAUCUCUAUGUUAAGCUAAAUAGGAGUUUAUACUAACUUCAGCUGAUUCAUUGCCUUCCCUCCUUGCUUAUCUGUAACUUCCCUCUCUGACUAUGAGAAACUUGGCAUCCAUCACCACCAUCCCAUUAACUACACUGUAAGCGUGGACUUUCUCCCUGUCCCCCUCACUAGGCUGUUAGUAUCUUAGACACUUAUUAAAUCUUUGUUGAUGAGUGAUGAAUCUUGAAGCUGUUAUGUAUCUUACCUAAUAAAAGUUUAGCGUUUUAGCAAAAGCAAUGUAAAUCAGUCUUGUAAAGUUUGAAACAAAACUUUUAACUGCUUUGUUAUGUAACAUGUAUUCAUUGUAGAAAAUAUGAAAA